AUGAAGAUUCAUACAGGUGAGAGACCUUUCUCAUGUGGGACUUGUGGAAAAGGAUUCCGGUCCAAGCCUCAGUUACUUUGUCACAGGAGGAUUCACACAGAUGAGAGGCCUUUCUCAUGCGAGACCUGUGGAAAAGGAUUCCGGUCCAAGCCUCAGUUACUUCGUCACAGGAGGAUUCACACAGAUGAGAGGCCUUUCUCAUGCGAGACCUGUGGAAAAGGAUUCCGGUCCAAGCCUCAGUUACUUUGUCACAGGAGGAUUCACACAGAUGAGAGGCCUUUCUCAUGCGAGACCUGUGGAAAAGGAUUCCGGUCCAAGCCUCAGUUACUUUGUCACAGGAGGAUUCACACAGAUGAGAGGCCUUUCUCAUGCGAGACCUGUGGAAAAGGAUUCCGGUCCAAGCCUCAGUUACUUCGUCACAGGAGGAUUCACACAGAUGAGAGGCCUUUCUCAUGCGAGACCUGUGGAAAAGGAUUCCGGUCCAAGCCUCAGUUACUUUGUCACAGGAGGAUUCACACAGAUGAGAGGCCUUUCUCAUGCGAGAACUGUGGAAAAGCAUUCCGGUCCAAGCCUCAGUUACUUUUUCACAUGAAGAUUCAUACAGGUGAGAGACCUUUCUCAUGUGGGACUUGUGGAAAACGUUUCUAUCGACAAUGCAGUCUAACUCGUCACAUGAGAAUUCAUACAGGUGAGAAGCCUUUCAAAUGUACACACUGUGGAAAAAGUUUCAGAAACAGAAGUGGUUUAUAUCCUCACAUGACAACGCAUACUAAUGAGAAGCCUUACUCUUGUGGGACUUGUGGAAAAAGGUUUCGUCACAAAGACACUUUAACUAGUCACAUGAGGACUCAUACAGGUGAAAGGCCUUUUUCAUGUGGGACCUGUGGAAAAAGUUACAAAAUCAGAAACAGUUUAAUUGGACACAUACAGACACAUACUAGUGAGAGGCUUUUCUCUUGUGGGACUUGUGGAAAAAGGUUCAGUCAAAAAAAGCAUUUAACUUCUCAUAUGAGGAUUCAUACAGAUGAGAAGGCAUGUUUUUGUGGGACUUGUGGAAAAAGUUUCCGUUGGCAAAGCAGUUUAACUGUUCACAUGAAGACUCACACAGAUCAGAAGCCUUUCUUAUGUGGGACUUGUGGAAAAAGUUUUCGUUGCCAAAGCAGUUUAACUCGUCACAUGAAGACUCACACAGAUCAGAAGCCUUUUGUAUGUGGGACUUGUGGAAAAAGUUUCCGUUGGCAAAGCAGUUUAACUGGUCACAUGAAGACUCACACAGAUCAGAAGCCUUUCGUAUUUCAGUAG